AUGGACUACAACGCAGCAGACUUGAGCUCUGUCCUCAGAACUCUCUCCGCCUUAUCCAACCAGCAACAACCACAAGCACAACUACAACUACAACCACAAUCACAAUCACGCCCUCCUUACUCCCACAGCCCAGAGCCAGCACCAACAGAAGACAAUGAUCCUUACGAACCCACCGAAUCCCUCCCCCAGCUCCCCAUACCCCCGAAACCCAUCUCACGACCCCAACACCACCACCACCAACAACAACAACACCCCUCCCCAGCACCACAACCACAACCACAACCACGACCAGCACCAACCCCAGCCCCAGCAGGAUGCAUCGCAGAAGACACCUCCAGCAUAACCAGCUGGCCCAGCGCCCUCCGCUAUGUGAUGCGCACGGUCGCCCAAAACGAAGACAUCCAACGACGCAUCCGCUGGCUAAUCCAACGACAACACGACCACGAGAAACAAUGGUGGCAGGGACGAGAAGCGCUCUUGAAGAAACAAUCCGCCCGGACGGAGAAGAAGAAGGAGCUGGAUGCUGUAUUACGAUCCGUCGGCGCUCCCGUUGAUGAGAAUAAGCAAGUUUCUACAGCCGAAGAAGACCGCGCCGAAUUAACCAACUACGACGCAAAAGUAUACAAAGCCUCGCGACAAAUGUCCGAUGCUAUGAUAGCGGAGCUCAAGGCACUUAGGAUCCCCUUUUUCACUAUUAAGAAGGGUCUUGUUUCGGACUCUGACCCCUCGAACCCGGGAAGAACAACAACGAACCCGGCAGUCAAGCAGCAGCAACAGCUUUCCCGAGAGGAAUUAUCGGCGCUUCAAUUGAGAAUGCUGGAGUUGUUACAAGACCUUUGUCGGGAGUGA